CAACUUUUUUCAGACGGGCAAGUCAAAGGAGAAGCUGAGAGAGUGGCUGGGAAGUCAUGGAGGCGGGGCUGGAGCAACUGGCGGAGGUGGAGGGGACGACGGCGUUGUGGCUGAAGAAGCACCGCCUGGUGUACACGGCGGCCACCAGGCACCCUUUCAUCCUCAGCAUCCGAGAUGGGUCCAUCGACCUCAACUCCUUCAAACGGUGGCUGGGACAGGAUUACUUGUUUGUUAGAGCUUUUGUUCCUUUCGUAUCAAGCGUGCUGCUGAAGGCUUGCCACGAGUCUGACAAUAACUCCGACAUGGAAGUCUUUCUAAGCGGCUUGGCGGCUCUGAACGACGAGAUCAAAUGGUUCAAGAAAGAAGCCUCCAAGUGGGGUGUUGUACUAUCUUCCAUUGCCCCUCAAAAGGUGAACGAAGACUACUGCAGGUUUUUGGAGAGUCUGAUGGGACCAAAUGUCGAGUACACGGUGGCGAUAACCGCGCUCUGGGCUAUCGAGCUGGUCUACCAACAGAGCUUUGCUCACUGCCUCGAGGAGGGCUCCAGGACUCCCCCGGAGCUAGCCGAGACGUGCCAGAGAUGGGGGAACGAGGGCUUCGGCCAGUACUGCCGGUCGCUGCAGAAGAUCGUGGACCGCCGGUUGCUGAGGGCCACCAGCGAGGAGCUCAAGAAGGCCGAGGCCACGCUGCUCCGCGUGCUCGAGCACGAAGUGGAGUUUUGGAACAUGAGCCAGGGAUGAAACCAAAUAAUAUAUGUAGCUCUUCCACAGCUUUCAGAAGGGCAUGGCCCUGGAUGUUGAUCGAUCUUGUACAUGUUUGUGGACUGUCGUGUGAUCACGUUCGGUGUGGUGGGAGUUUUGUCUUAGUGUCCUGUGCGUUCAAUGCAUCAUGUUAAUUUCUCUUUUAGAUCUACGAAGUUAAGAAGCAGAAGCCAAUAUGGCUUCGGGGCUUUGAA